AUGAACGCCUCGGUGGCCGGCAGCCAGCUGAGACAGCCCGAGCCCCAGGACGUGGCCGCCUUCACUCCCGUCUCCAUCAUCAAGAGCGUGACCAAGAAAUCGGACGCGCUGCCCACGAUCUCGGCCAUCGUCGUCGUGUUCGUGCUGCUGGCCGUGUUCAUCAUCCUGGUGGUGCACUAUGGCCCCCAGCUGCGCACGGUGCAGAUCACGCUCUACCACGAGCCCAUGCCCCAGCACAUGGACAGCGUGCUCCUCACGGACUGGAGGCAGCUGGAUUCCCACGGGAAGCUGCCGGGCCGGGACGUGCCUGGCGUGGACUCGGCUGGAGUGACCUGCCACUGCUCCUGCAACCAUCACCUUCCCCAUGGGAGCGCCGAGCCCAACGUCAUCGAGAUCACCUACCUGUGA